AUGGCUAUGGCGUUACAACAUUUAGAGAUGCAUUUGUUUUUAAUUCGUUCCCGCAAAUUCCGAGAACGCAUCGAAGCAUCAAUCCAAGCAGCACAGCGAGCCUCUAAAUAUGCUUUACAAAAGGCCGAUAUAGCAAUAUCACGUACUGCAACAGCUCGUAGUAAAGCCGAAUUCGCAGAUGAAGCAGCGGAUAAAGCUAGGGUAGAUUGCGAGGGUGCUGUUGCUACGGCACGUGAAUUUGCACCAGAUUUUAAACCAUCAGUUUUGGAGCGUUUCGAGCGCUUACGGUUUCGUGAAAGAGUUAGAGCACAACCAUCAGAUGACCCUGUAUUACCUACUAUGAAACAGGGUCAAAAAAAUAGUUCUGGUAAUCAAAUAAUGGGUAAUAACCUAGAUACUUCAGCUUUAAAUCGCAAACCAUCCAUGAUUCCACCAUCGACGUUCGACAAUCCACAAGUUCCGAGUACAAUGUACUCUCAGCAAGUAUCACCAAGAACAGAUUUAACUCAGCAUAUUAAUAAAAUUCAACAGCAUGAACAGCAAAGAUAUCAAACCAGAUCACAUCAAAUUAACUCACCAUCAACGUACCAACAUCAAAAUCAACCACAACAAAUAUCGUCGACAUUAGCUCAAGCACAAAAUACAGUAACAAACGAGCCCACGAACUUUUCUAACCCAAGCAAUAUUAACUUAUCACAACAACAGUCCACGCAGAAAUUUUCGCAAAAAUCAAAUACAAAUCAAUCAUAUGACAGUAAUUACAAUAGUAGAAAUCAAACAUACUUAGAUUAUGGUGGUAUGACGGACACUUCUUUUAAUGCCGCUAAUCAACAACAGUCUCAAUUAAUAAACUCAGAUAAAACUCAAAAUUCUUUGUCCGGUUCUCGUACUAACCUGAGGAGAAAUUCCCGCCCAGUAAAUCAAACAAAUAAGCCUAUGUUAGGUGAAAUUGGAACUCAAUCAUCAAUAGAUCAUUUUGACCAUUAUAAACGACCGCCUAGUCGCGAUAAUUCAGUAGAUCGUUAUACUAGAGCUGCAAGCCGUUUAAGUGGACAAUCACGUCCACCUUCAGUUGAUCGUAAUAUUGCUGUAGCACCAAUAAUAAAUAAUACAACUUCCUCAGAUGACACAACCCCAAAUCGGAAUGUGAGGGCAAGCUCACAAUUUCGUGGAUCAACUCCGGCUCCGCAAAUAUCGACUGGAAACGGUUCAGUACCAACCGGAAAUAGUUUUACGAUGUCUUCUAUAAUAACCCAAACCUCUACACCAAAACCCACGUAUUCAUCACCGAAUCAGCCAUUUGAAGAUGUUUUGUUACGUCAACGGACACUAGGACAGGAUAUUAUUCCUUCACCUUCGCAACCUAAACGAACUGAGAGCCUGUUUGUUACACAAAAAGUAACAUCUCCAAGUAGUGGUGGAGCGGGUGGGAUUGCUGGAAAAAUUAAAUUGAAGAUACAAUUGUAUCCAAGUGGGAAUGCUGAACAUCAUACGUAG